GAAACUGAAAGCAUCUUCUUUUUUAUGCCAUCUCCUAUCCUAGGUGCCCAGGCCUUGGUGCCCACUGAUCAGACACUGAUUGACAUGUUUAGGGUAUUGGAAUUUGCCUGCAGAGCCUUGUUCUCUCCCAGGGCCCCUCUCUCAGUAAGGAUGAGCAGCACUGGAGUAUACAAGAAAGGCAUUUUGGCAGACAAAGUGGCUGUGAUCACUGGGUCCACUCACGGCAUCGGCUUUGCCAUUGCACAACGGUUGGCCCGGGAUGGGGCCCAUGUGGUGGUGAGCAGUCGCAAGCAGCAGAAUGUUGAUCGGGCUGUGGCAAUACUGAAGGAAGAGGGACUGAGUGUGAGGGGCAUGAUGUGCCAUGUAGGGAAAGCAGAGGACCGCAAUAGGCUAGUGACUAUGGUUGCAGACUACUAUGGAGGUGUGGACAUCCUAGUUUGUGCUGCUGGGGUUAAUCCUUUAGUAGGGAGCACUCUGGGAGCCAGUGAGCAGGUCUGGGACAAGAUUCUGGAUGUGAAUGUGAAGUCCCCAGCCCUUCUGCUGGGUCAGCUGUUGCCUCAUAUGGAGAAAAGGGGGAAAUGUUCUGUGAUCCUGGUAUCAUCCGUUGCAGCCUAUUUUCCAGUUUCACUGUUGGGCCCCUACAACAUCAGUAAAACUGCUUUGCUGGGCCUCACCAAGACACUGGCAGUGGAGCUGGCCCCAAAGGGCAUCCGGGUAAACUGUCUGGUUCCAGGUCUUAUCAAGACUCCCUUCAGCAAUGUGGUCCAAGAAGAAGACAUGAUAACUCAAAUUAAGAAACUACAUGGAAUGCAGAGGAUUGGACAACCAGAAGACUGUGCGGGUAUUGUGUCUUUCCUGUGUUCUCCAGAUUCCAGCUACAUCACUGGAGAAAACAUUGUAGUGGCUGGCUUCUCCCCCAAGUUGUAAGGCAGCUCAUCAAGGAACCUGAACUUCUGGGGGUUAAAUAGUACCUUUGAUCAUGGGAACUGAACAGAAGUUGGUUAAGGGUAGAAAAGGGGAUGGGAGAAGCCCAGGAGGUUGUUGUUAACACCCAGAGACUAAAAAAGGGAAGGGAAGGAAAUGAAUGUUUAUAUAGUGCCUACUCCAUGCCAGGGCGCUGUACCUUUAAGCACUUUACAAAUCUGUAGCUGAAGUUUAGGUAUAGCUGAUAUGUAAGUGCUCAAAGGCCUAUAUUAGAGGAGAAUCAUCUUCCACAGUUGUUUUCCUGGUAAUCACUAAUUUAAACUUAUAUCACUGGGCUCAAGGGGAGACAGAUCAGAGAAUCUUAUCUAUUCCAUCAUAAAAUAAGUGAGCUAAUGUUUCUUAGUAUCCUUGAACCCAUUUCAGUCCUUUAACCUGUUCUCCAGCAUGUAUAUGUUCUGUACAUGUUGAGAUCUGAUCAUUAAUUAGGUUACAGUUAAAUUAUUAGGUAAUUAGGUUAAAGUGUGAUAGGGGCUAGUAUUCAUUAAGU